UCUAAUGCAGAGUCGCCCACGCAGUUAACAUCAGUUAAGCAAUAAGCCAAUAGGCAUUCGCAGCACGCGCACGCGCGCAGACACAAACCGCAUAAUAAGGAGGACUUCAUUCAUUGACACGCGUCAUUUCCACUCGAACUCAACUGCAUCUCUGCACGGUGCGGGUGCUUUCCUCAACCGUCGUUUGCGGAAAUGCCCGAGAGCAGCCCUCAUGGCAAGAGCACUGGCAGUUCGACGGAGGAUGUGUUUGCUGACACCUACGCGGAGAAAGGAGGUCCCGGCCCCGUCAGGACGCUGGUGUGGAGAAACAUCUGGCUCAUGGUUAUGCUGCAUGCCGGCGCUCUCUACGGAGUCUGCCUCAUCCCGACCGCUUGUGCACUCACGCUCGCCUGGACUGCCGUGUGCUUCUUCUUCAGCGCCCUGGGCGUGACGGCGGGUGCGCACAGGUUAUGGAGCCACAGAUCCUACAAGGCUUCGCCGGCCCUCAGGGUCUUCCUGGCUCUCGCAAACUCAAUGGCCUUCCAGAACGACAUUUACGAGUGGGCGAGGGACCACCGCGUCCAUCACAAAUAUUCGGAGACGGACGCUGACCCGCACAACGCAAAGCGGGGCUUCUUCUUCGCCCACGUCGGCUGGCUGCUGGUUCGCAAGCACCCCGAUGUCACGGAGAAGGGCCGAAAAGUGGAGCUGUCUGACCUGAAAGCCGAUAAAGUAGUCAUGUUCCAAAGGCGGCACUACAAGCUCUCCGUGUUGAUCCUGUGCUUCCUGGUGCCCAUGUUGGUGCCCUGGUACUUCUGGGGCGAGUCCCUCCUGGUGGGCUACUUCCUGCCCGUGUUGCUGAGGUACACCGUUGCGCUCAACGCCACCUGGCUGGUCAACAGCGCCGCGCACAUGUGGGGCAACAGGCCGUACGACCACACCAUCAACCCAAGGGAGAACAGGAUCGUCGCCUUCAGCGCCAUAGGCGAAGGCUUCCACAACUACCACCACACGUUCCCCUUCGACUACGCCACCAGCGAAUUCGGCUGCAGGCUCAACCUCACCACCGCCUUCAUCGACCUCAUGUGCUUCCUGCGCCUGGCCUGCGAGCGCCGGUCGGCAUCCAAGGAGAUGAUAGCGGCCCGCGUGCAGCGGACGGGCGACGGCAGCGUUAAAAGUGGCUGAGCCGCAACGUCGAGUACGCAUUAUUUUGAUGAUGAUGAUGAUUAUUAGGAGACACUGCGCGGUACUGACUUACUCUGAUCACUUUUCUAACAGGUCGCGUUUCGAGUAUCUGGUCAUUCAGUGCAUUGUUGUGGUGCAACGUGGUACCACAACAUUGAAGUCGCACGCCUCUUAAUUCCGACAUGCUUGUCUAUUGUAAAAAAGUCAUCUGAACCAACUCGCUUCACGUUUGUCGUCUUUUGGGAGAAUGAAACACAAUGAGCGCAUUGUGGUUGGAGGUAGGGAGUCAAUGGGUUUUUCUGCACACGCACGCACGGGAACCUCUCCCUUAUAUAUUUAUGCUGUUAUUUUUGAUUUAGAGAUAAUUGUUUGCCCUCAGAUAAGACUGUCAGUCAGAAAUGCACUGCUGCAAAACAUCUCGGAGUCACGUGUGGGGGGGAGGGGGGAGGGUGGGGGUCAUGUCUUACAAAGGUGAUCUACUAAUACAACCAGAAGUACAAAUCAUCCAAAUAGAAUGGUGUUGUAUCAUCAUUGCUUUCUUACAUCGAUUUGGACGUGACUCGUAAGUGAUAGUUAGACGUUUUUUUAAAGGGUUAACUGAUACAAAAAAAUGGCAGAAAUUUUCACUGAAUGUCUGUUAUAAUAAACAUAAUUUCAUACCUGAGAAAUUUGGUUACCUUACAUUUGGAAUGCUAGGAUUACCCUUUGAUGAAAUUCAUAUUA